UCCUUACCUCACUUUCCGUUUCAUAGUGCCACAGUCGACGCCGAGACUCGUGCAGAGGAUAAGACUAAGAGAUAGAAGUCUUCUCCCCAAGAUGAGAGGCUCACGCUGGAGGAGUGGCUGUAGAGCACUAGUGUUCCUGCUAGAGGUUGUGGCGGUGGCGCUAGCCGGGCAGAAUACCAUCCAGGACCUUUCUGACGAAGGGCUGGACUUCUUUUCCUCCUCCAUUGAUGUGGAGGAGAGCGCAGGAGGCUUGAAGCGGGUGGUGAGGGACGCCCUGGAUGACCUGGUGGUGGAUGGCGCUAUCAGGAUCGCUCGGACUCGAUCCACGCGGGCGCUGCUGGGGGUGUCCCUCGUGGCCGGAGGCACCCCAGGGCACGACUUCCCUGUUCUCAACUCCGUCCCAGAAACCAUCUUCGACUGUGCCAACAGGCAACACGGCUACUAUGCCGACAUCGACACCGCCUGCCAGGUGUUCCACGUGUGUCACGCCGAUGGCCGCAUGGACAGCUUCCUUUGCCCCAACGGCACCAUCUUCCAGCAGCAGCAGCUUGUCUGUGACUGGUGGUACAAUGUUGACUGUCAGACUUCCUCUCAACACUUCGGCGUGAACGCGGAGAUCGGCAAGGUGCCUGCCACAUCCUCGCAGUCCUCGCAUGGCGGCGGCUCUAGAGGGUCAAGCUUCCGAAGUGUAUCGGGUCAGACGUCAUCUAACGCACCAGCUUCUCAGGCAAGACCUCAAGGCCCUCCCAUUACGACUUCUUCUGCAGCCUCAGGUCUCGUAGCUCCCGGAUCAAGAGUCUCAGGGCAGAGCAGCUUCAGUGGCGGGUCACAACAAUUCAGAGGUGCACAAGGGUCCGUUGGCAGUGAGGUGAGGCCAUCUCCCACCCCCAGGCCUCCUGCGCAUUUCUCUAUUAACCAACUACCUUCAACAUUUAGACCCACCCAAACACCCGCGGGAACUUCUGCGCCUCUGAGAUCCCCUACACCACCAAGAACCCCCACACCUUCAAGAACCCCCACACCUUCAAGAACCCGCACACCUUCAAGAACCCCCACACCCCGAAGAACCCCACACCUUCAAGAACCCCCACACCUUCAACAGCACCUACAUUUUCAAGAACCCCACACCUUCAAGAACCCCCACACCCCAAGAACCCCACAAGAACCCCACACCUUCAACAGCACCUACAUUUUCAAGAACCCCCACACCUUCAAGAACCCCCACACUUUCAACAGCACCUACAUUUUCAAGAACCCCCACAUCUCCGAGAACCCCAACAACUACAAGGACGCCGUCAAGAGUAACAGUGUCACGCCGUCCAUUUCGUCCUUCCACUGGUGUUGGUGUACCACUCCCGGCCUCCAGCAGGGCCCCCGCAGACGGUGUAAAUCUGCUGCUGAGUGGCAUCCAGAGCUCCCAAACCCCUGA